CUUCCACAUUUCCCCUUCCGGAAGAGUCAGAAGUACUUUCCCCUUGUUUGUCGUACAACUGUCACUCCUUAAGCUGUUAUUCACUUCUUUCUUGUUCUUUACAAUAGGAAGGACAUUGAUUGUUCCACCUGGGCUUUGUCAGAACAAUACUUUCUUGACUUCUAUUCAAAGAACAAAGACUUCCACAUUCAUUGAAUUAUUCCCUACCUUUCUAUAUAUUCGAUUCGAAACCUUUUGCCUCGAUCUUUCUACAAAGCUUCUGCAAAUAAUUCCCGCGAUACAUUGCAAAACCUUCAAAGAAACAACCUUUCAAUAUGCAUUCCUCACAACUUCUCAUACGCCUCGGCGCCUCUCUUCUUUGCGCUGCUGGCAUCGCAAAUGCAAAUUACGCAAUCACAGACAACUACGAUCAUACCAACUUCUUCCAACAGUACGACUUCUUCAACGGUGCGGACCCAACACACGGAUUCGUCAAGUUCGCUGCCUCCGCUGCUAUCGCCAAUACAAGUGGUCUAGCCGGACUCAGCAACAAUGCAAUUUAUUUGGGCGUAGACUCAACUACUGUCAAUCCUGCUGGUGGUCGGGGUGCUCUCCGCGUGUCGUCGAAGAAAGCCUACACCCACGGCCUCAUCAUCGCGGACAUUGUUCACAUGCCGGGUGGAAUUUGCGGCGUAUGGCCCGCAUUUUGGACUUUUGGGCCAAACUGGCCUGCUUCUGGUGAAAUCGACAUCAUAGAAGGGGUCAACGACCAGACUACCGAUUCGGUCACCCUCCACACCACACCUGGAUGCUCCAUGAGUGCUGCUGGCUCUCUCGCGGGUACCACACUUGCAAAUCCUGACUGCAGCGGUGACACCGGCUGCAGCGCGAGCACAACAAACACUCAAGGCUAUGGCAAGGGCUUCAACUCGAUCGGCGGUGGAGUAUACGCAACACAGUGGGAGAGUACCGGAAUUUACGUUUGGUUCUUCCCUCGCAAUGCCAUUCCGUCAGAUAUCACUUCUGGAUCUCCCAACCCAUCAGCAUGGGGAACACCCACAACCAUGUUUGCUUCCGGCAGCGGCUGCAAUGUCGACCAGCAUUUCAUGAAUCACCAGAUCGUGUUCGAUACCACGUUUUGCGGCGACUGGGCGGGAGCAAGCAACAUUUGGGGAGAAUCUUGUCAAAAAUCGACCGGAGCCGCUACAUGUCAAGGCUUUGUGGCAGCAAAUCCUUCAGCUUUCAAUGAAGCCUACUGGUUGAUCAACUCAGUCAAGGUCUAUUCCAUUGGUGCUGCUAAGAGAAAUGCGGUCGUGCCAACGCCGUUCGUUGCUUAGAGAAUGUCAGCCGAGCCGGACUCGAAAUUUUCGCUUCUUUGAAAAUACUUUUAGAUUUGGAGCUUUAGCGUUGAUACCUUUGUUUUUUUUUUUUUUGGCGACAUGGCGUUGUAAAGAAUGGGUGUCAGCGCUUGGUGGCGAGUUAUGCGU